UGACAUACAUAGACAUGGCUUUCAUGUUGAAAACCAUGAUGGGAUCCUCUAUGAAGAAUUUGGGGAACAACCUUGGUGGAGAAACAGAAGCUAAAGAGGACUCAGAUGGGAAAGAGACAGCGCAGUCCAAGGGCAUGACCAGAGAAGAGUUUGAAGAGUAUCAGAGACAGCUGGUGGAAGAAAAGAUAGAGCGGGAUCAUGUCUUUGCCCAAAAGAAAGCAGAGCGGGCAACAGUUCGAAUGCACAUAAGAGACAAAUACAGACUACAACAGAGUGAGAAGGAUGAUGCCCAGCUGCAGAUGGUGGGUGGAGAAGUGGAACUCCCUGAAGACCUGGCUAAAAUGGUACAAGAAGAUGAGGAGGAAGAGGAAGAACAAGGCUCCUUUAUGUCUAUGAUUCCAGAGCUUGACAUUGAUGCCAUGAAAACACGUGCUCAAGGGACAAUCACAGAGGUCAAAAGAAUGGCAGAGGAAAAGUGUAAUCUCAUGUGACACCAACAUAAUUCACUAUGGACUACGGAGAUUCAGAAAUGUGCU